CUUCCACAAAUCUUUCCCGCAAAUCUCAAACAGAAACGCCUGAUUUUCUCCCAUCACAGACGCUCCGUGGGUCGAACCUCGGCUCGUAAGGUACGUUCAAUCACUGAACUCCAGAUUCUGCUCAUAAUCUCUCAAUUUAUUUUUAAUUCCUCUUUCAUCAUCCUAUGUUGGUCUGUAGCGAGUCUUUGAGAUGAUUAAUUAUGCGGAUAAUUUUUUAGUGGUUUGAUCAUGUGCCUUGAUGUUGCUAGGGCCUGUUCUUGUAAAUAAAUUUGAACACAAAAGAUCCUCUUUGAAGUGGUUAACUGAUUUUCUUCUUUUAAUUGUCUUUUUCUGUUCUUAUGCUAGUUUGAGGUCUGUGAAAUUGCAACAACUUCUAACCUGUGCUUGAAUGCACUGAGAAAAUUAGAUCAUUUAUCAAUUGUUGGAAGAUGUACAAUGGAUGAUUUUGUGCCAAAUUGAUUACGUAUAUUAAAGAUAUGUUAAGCAAGAAGGUUUGGAGGCAGUGGGUAGAUGCCAUGUUAAAUCACCUUUAGGACCAUGUUAGGCUAGGCUACUGGUGACUUAGAUUUUAGUUCUGAUUGACAAGAUCCAGAUUUAGGCUAUUAAGAUAAAAUAAGGAGGAAAUGACAUUGUAAGAAUUUUAACCAAUAUGAUAUUGAACCAUCACUAAACUCAAAACCCUAAUAUGUUGGGUUGGAGUAAAUUUCAUCACUUAAUAUGUUUUCAUUGUGUCUAAAUGAAAUGAUCUUUCUCUCUGCAAGAACUUUGGAGGCCUUAGUUUAGGCAAUAUCAAUACAGAAAAUCAAAUUCAAGUCCUUAUUUUUAAAUGGUAAGAGAUAUUCCGAAAGAAAAUGAAUUCCUUUGGCGUUUUUUCAUUUUAAGUAAGGUCCGGAUCAGUUUGCGUUUAAUUUUUUAUUAUGCCUAGAGGGAGUUGCCACAGACCUUGGAAAGACCUCACUGAUUGUCUUCCAUUGUUAACCUGACAAUUACUUUUAAAGUUGGAGAUGGGUCGAGUCAAUGAUAUUUUUUCUUGAAGAACAAAUUUGUGGGGACUAUGUCCCUUGUGGAGUCUUUCCCUGAAUAUACUCGUUGAUAUGACUCACCAUUUACCUAUUGUUGAGGCUUUUAUUAGGAAACUGUUUCUUGGAAUGCUUUAUUCAAGAGGGACUGGACAUUGACUAGUGGACAGAUAUAACAUACUUGAUGCUCCAUUUAAGGGAAAUACUCAAGAAAAACACAAAGUUUGAAAGCUUUUGAGGUCAAAUUUUUUGGAAGGACAAAGGAGAAGGAAGUUUUGUUGAUGAUGAUUUUUAUGCCGACCAUUCCCAAAUGAUUAAAAAGUUGAGCGAAAGACGAUUGCCUGUUUUAGCUCAAGAGAUUUUCUGGGAGCUGAAGUCCGAAGGUUCUCCACUAAAAAACUCUACGUUGUCUACUCUUAUGGAAUCCUACAUAGAUGGUGGUCGUCUCCUCCAAGCACAAGCAAUUUGGGAAGAAAUGUUAAACAGCUCUUUCGUUCCUUCUGUUAAUCUAAUUUCAAAGUUAUUUCACACUUUUGGAAAGAUGGGACGGUUUGAUGAUAUAAUUAAAGUUCUGGAUCAGGUAAAGCUAAGGUAUUCACAUUUACUGCCUGAGGCAUUUUCACUAGCCAUUUCAUGUUUUGGGAAGCAUGGACAACUGGAAUUGAUGGAAAAUACUUUGAGGGAAAUGGUUUCCAGUGGUUUUCCAGUCAAUUCCGCUACUGGCAAUUCGUUUAUUAUACACUACAGCAUUUUCGGUUCUUUGAUGGAGAUGGAAACUGCCUACGGUCGCCUUAAAAGGUCGAGGUUUCUAAUUGAGAAGGAAGGAAUCAUGGCAAUGGCAUUUGCUUAUCUAAGGAAAAGAAAAUUUUACAGGUUAGGUGAAUUCCUUAGGGAUGUUGGUCUUGGAAGGAGAAACGUGGGGAAUCUUCUAUGGAAUCUUCUUCUUCUGUCCUACGCUGCCAAUUUUAAAAUGAAGAGUUUGCAGCGAGAAUUUCUGAGAAUGGUUGAAGCUGGGUUUCAUCCGGAUCUGACCACUUUCAAUAUUAGAGCCUUAGCAUUUUCAAGAAUGGAUUUGUUAUGGGAUCUUCAUCUUAGCCUUGAACAUAUGGAACACGUGAAGAUUGAACCCGAUCUCGUGACCUACGGCUGCGUUGUUGAUGCAUAUGUAGAUAGAAGACUUGGAAGAAAUCUGGAUUUUGCCUUGAGCAAAAUGAAUCCUGACCAAACUCCAGUGUCAUUAACAGAAUCAUUCGUUUUCGAGGCAUUGGGAAAAGGAGAUUUCCACAUGAGCUCGGAGGCGUUUAUGCAAUUCCAGAGGCAGAAGAAAUGGACUUAUAGAGAGUUAAUAUCAUUGUAUCUGAAAAGGCAAUACAGGAGAGAUCAAGUCUUCUGGAAUUACUAAUCCGAAACCCAAUACUCGUCAUCAAAAGCCUUCACCCAAAAAUUACCAAACAAUUGUUAGAGUUAAACAAUUGUUAGAGUUUGGGGAAUGCAAAUGCUGUAUUGUUAUGGCUACGCUGACAUUUGAAAGUAGAUAAUUCUAUUUUUACCUGUGCUAUUCAUCCCUAA